AUGAGCCCGACAGUUUUCAAUGUGGGAGUUCCGCAGAGGCCACAGGUGUCAGAGUCUGCUGGACGCCGCAACAAUCGUGCCAGCUGGGGGAUUUUUCUGAGUCCGAAGAAAGCAGCACUCAAGUCGCCCCAGCCCCGUGAUCUGGGGGAUUCAGAUGUGGCAGACAUGGACAGAAUGACGGCCAAGGUCGAGGCUAGACUCAGUGCCAUACACAGCGACAAGGGCGACUUCUUCCGGAGGGGAAGGGCGGGCCGGCCGUCACCUCGGGUACUGUCAGAUAGUUGGGACAGCGAUACUUCACCUAGACCGGAUGGCCAAACACUUACCCCGACGAUCAAUACUCCGCCGGUAGUUCGAGGGAGGGAACAAAAUCGUCACACGGUCUACCUGGACAUGACCUAUGGCAGCAAGACAAUAGGGAAUGGGCUGCUGUUGAGACACGAGCCAAGCGAGCAAGGGCGGAUCGUAACUCAACAAGCCGCGGUGACUUCGAGGGCAGUCUCGGACUCGGUGGUCACCAUCACUUGCACGGAACCGACGCCUCGCUACACCAAUGCUAGCUUUAGCCGAUCGGAGACGUCCGAAGCCACGUCACCAGUGCCGAGUAUGCCUCCGGCACAAGUACGCUCACAGUUUCUGGAUCCCUCGCUCCUGUUCUUUGUUCCUCAAAGCAAGCCGGUUACGCGUCCUAACCUUGUCACCAAGACCAGCAUUGUUGGAUACCAUGAAGAUACGGCGUUGCCCGUCGGUACUACACUGUGCGUUCCAACUACCACAAAAGAUCCUCCUGGGGCGUUUGAGCUCGAGGCCACACCCGUCAGUCCUUGCGGAUCGGACCCCCGGAGCAAGUCCUCAUCUACAGCGGUUUCCCCCCUGGAGAACGAGUCCGGGGAUACCGUUCCAGAGCUGAACGUUGCGGCGGGGGCGCCGGAGAGCAAGGAUACCGAUACGGGGAGCGGCUGCGUACCUGCUGGUCUUCGCCAGCCCUCAGCGCCAUCAUCGAUUUACUCAGCCGACGAGCGCACCCUGGUGGAGGGAGGGGAAGAAGAGGCAGCAGCAGCAGCAGCGGAGACGGCAGUUGGGCUCGGCGUCCACAACGAGUCGACGCCAAGCAAGCCAGAACCCGUGUACCACAACGCCAUCAAGGCUCGGAUCAUGAUGAACAACAGCCCGACGGGCAACAGUGCAUGCGACGCAUGGCUAGUGCGAUCCCGCAUGUUCCAGCUGGGUGGUUCGCCCAUUGUGGCCAGUUCGCCUGUGCACGAGGCGGAUAGGUUCCUGUUGCCGGUGCUGGCCUAGUUUUCAUGGGUUGGAGAUUGGUCGUGCGAUUUAUUUGAUGCUUGGCGGGGUUGUAGUUGGGCUGUUAUUUUUGGUGAACAUUAGGUUGGUUUUUGAGUGUGCUGUAGCGUGUCCUAUCUUUGGGUUUCCGUCUGAUUUUUCAGCCGUCGCAGGCGGCUGAAUUUUGGCUCUACAUUUCUUCCCGUACCACAUAGAUGUCAUCCUAAGCUCUAAAGCCAUCAUGCAAUAUGUUAGGACGAACCUACCGGUACAGUAGACUGAAUUGAACCUCAGGCUGCACUCCUUUUUCUCCUGUAGGAGCCAGACGGCGCCACUUGGCGAGCUUAGAAUCGCAAAUGAGACGGUUUUGGGGGGACUAUCUCG